GUAUUUAAUGUCACUCUCCCAAGCAUUUCUUUGGAGCCCACACACAUAUCCAGACAGUGGAACAAGGCAAGCCAUACCAGGGCUUACACAGUGGUUUUGCCCCAGCUUGGUUCUGCCACGCUAAUAGAUCACCAAAAUGUGUGACAUGGGGGGACUGGAUAACUUGAUUGCCAACACAGCAUAUCUAGAAGCCAGGAAAAGUAAAGAUGCUGACAACAAGGAAAUACAGAAAAGGCGCAAGAGCCUUGCACUACCAAAGAUCAACGAAUUCGCUGAACUCAAAAAUUCCAUUACCAUGGAGUAUGAGGACAUCUGUGAAAACCAGCCCAUUAGUAAAAAGUUUUUCAAGGAAUUUUUGGAGUCUGUUCCUGAAUAUUUGCUGAUCAGUGAGUUUUUGGAUGAAGCAGAAAGCUGGGAAGUGGCAGAGGAUAACGUCAAGAGUAGCAUCCUCGAAGGUCUGGUCAACAUGUACCUGAAAAAUGGCAGCAAUAGCUACUUGAAAUUUCUCAAUCCAGAUUUGGACAAAAAGUGCCAGGCGGCGAGUAAGAAUGAUUUUGAAAAUGUCAUGGUAUUAGCUAUGGAAGAAGCAAAGGCCUUUCUUAGAGGAAAACCCUUUGAAGAAUUCCAGACCAGCAUUUUUUUUGAAAAGUUCUUGCAAUGGAAAGCUUUCGAAAAGCAACCUGUAAGUGAGAAAAAUUUUGAGGAGUUCCGAACAUUAGGCAAGGGAGGUUUUGGCGAGGUUUGUGCUAUCCAGGUGAAAAACACUGGCAAAAUGUAUGCCUGCAAGAAGCUGGAUAAAAAAAGACUGAAGAAGAAAUGUGGUGAAAAGAUGGCUCUGCUGGAGAAGCAGAUCCUUGAGAAAGUCAACAGUCGUUUCAUAGUCUCACUGGCUUAUGCUUACCAGUCCAAAACUUACCUAUGUCUGGUGAUGACCCUCAUGAAUGGAGGAGAUCUUAGAUUUCACAUUUACAAUGUGGGGGAAAAAGGACUGAAGAUGGAUAGGGUCAUCUACUACUCAGCUCAGAUCACUUGUGGCACACUGCACCUUCACUCCAUCAAUGUCGUCUACAGGGAUAUGAAACCAGAGAACGUUCUCUUGGAUGACCAUGGCAAUUGCAGGUUGUCUGAUCUUGGCUUGGCGGUAAAAAUGAAGGAUGACAAGCCCAUCACCCAAAGAGCUGGAACUAAUGGCUACAUGGCUCCUGAAAUCCUAAAGGACGACGCGAGUUACUCCUACCCUGUGGACUGGUUUGCAAUGGGAUGCACUAUUUAUGAAAUGAUCGCUGCUCGAACACCAUUCAGGGAUCAAAAAGAGAAGGUCAAUAAAGAUGAACUAAAGAGGAGAACCUUAGAAGAUGAGGUGAAAUUUGAACAUCCUGGCUUUGAUGAGGCAACCAAAGAUAUUUGCAGAAUGUUCUUAGCUAAAAAAGUUGAAGAUCGUUUAGGAAGCAGAAAUGCUAAUGAUGAUCCUAGGAAGCAUCAUUUCUUUAAAUCCAUAAACUUCCGAAGGUUGGAGGCAGGUCUUACGGAUCCCCCCUUUGUGCCAGAUCCAUCUGUUGUCUAUGCCAAAGACGUUGCAGACAUUGCUGACUUCUCUGAAGUUAGGGGAAUUGAGUUUGAUGACAAAGACACUAAAUUCUUCAAGAAAUUUUCCACGGGGGCUAUCUCUAUACCUUGGCAGAAUGAAGUCAUUGAAACAGGACUUUUCGACGAAUUGAAUGAUCCCAACAGAGUAAUUGGUGAAAGCGGCAAGUCUGGAGUUUGUUUGUUGUUAUAAAUAUGAUGUCAGAAGUGAAAAGGUAGGAAUGUACCUUCCAAUACUUCGAGGAAUCAAAAAUGCCCAGCAAGGACCCAUCAACAAACUUAAGUCAAAUAUAAUAAGCUCUUCUUGUGACAGGCUGACAUCUUGCUGGAAAUAUUUGAAAUGAAGAAUCAGGAUUCUUCUAAGAAGAUUUAGCAUUCAUGGUCACUUCUUGCUAAAAUAUGCAAAAAGCAGACACACAUUUGGAUUUAAAAUUAUUUUGCUUGGGACUGCCACUACCUUUGCAAUGUUCAGUAGUAAUCCAUCAGAAUUCAUUGUAAAAAAGACUUACUGUUGAAGUAGAAAUGACACAGUGGCCAUGAUUUACUUUACCUAGGUAAGAAACACAGAAUUAUUUACAUAAGUUAAUCAUUUUUAGGUUAUGCCAUGUAUAUAACCCUGAUAUAACAGUCAACACUCAUUUUUGCUACCAAUUUCACCUUUCCAUUAGGCUUCCUAAUAAUAUCUUUUUGUUUUGAUGAAAGCUGUAGUUUAAAUUAGACUACAAAUGAGUCAUGCCAGUUUGUAACUGGUCUUUCAGAAGAGAAACAACGCAAGCACAACAGCAAUAUUUAUUCUGCAAGUAAGGGGCGCCUGCUCUGAAAAACUCCCAAGGAAAUGAAAGGAGAUAACCUAGGAUUAUAUAUGCAAUUAAGAUAGACUAUAGUUUACAGGCCUCACAGACUUCCAGCACAAUCCAAAGGCAGGGGAGUGCUGUGGAGGCAGUAUGAUCUUGGUGCUGGCAUAAAUGUCACUUGCAUUUUCAUAAGUGGCAUUUACGUCGGUGCCAGGGCACAUACACCAGUGCUGGGGAGCGGUGUGGAACACAGUGCAGGAGUGUUGGCACAGCUGUUACCACGAGUGCAAAGUAAUGCCAGCAAAAACUGUGGCCUAGCCCACAGAGUUGCAUUAUUGGACUAUGAAAAAGGCCCCCAUUAGCACAGCCCCACUGGCCAGCAGGGUGCCGGUGGAAGCCAGCCCAGUCCCCUGAGCAGCAGCCAAUAGUGUGGCCCCUCCCCCCUCAUAAACUCUUUUCUGGGUAUACAUAUCUCUGGGCAGGUAAGGUGCCUGGUCUGGGAUACUGUCCAACAGUUACCAGAUGUGUGGACUUAACACGAACAUGGGGACCCUUGGGAGGCAAAUCUCAGAGCUAGUUCUUUGCACCAUCAGCCUGACACAUUGAACAUUGGGCUCACUUGUAGCACAAUGGGCUGGUACUUUGCACUUUGGGCUCAAACCAGUGCACAACCCUUCAGAGAGAGCAAAGUCCACACCCACUUUGUGGCCAAGCCCUCCCUCUGAAUUUACUUUGUAGGUUGUGUGACCAAGCAGCCAGGAACCAGUGGCUAGAAAUCUAUUAGACAGCUAAGGCGCCAUGGUAGCCAUCCUGUCCAUCAGGACCCCGUCUUACCCCAUAUGCUGGUGCUGCUGUGCUGUUGUUCCAAGUUCACUUGCUGGCUUUUUGCUCAGCCACCCUGAAGCUGGCUAUGGUGCAGCAAACCUCUUAGGAGGCGUCACCAUCCCCAGCCAUGGUGCACCUGCCUCUUCCCCAGGCAGCGCUGCCCAUGCAUGGCUUUGCUUCAGUCAUUUCCAGUUGAGUCCAUUCCAGCAUCCGUGUUCCGUGUUCUACCAUUCACCCUUCUCCACCUAAUAUUUCUGUAUAGCCCUGCAACUCUGCACCUAAUCGUGGUCUGUUGCUGCUGCGGUAUCAACUGUUGAUCUAUAGCAAAGGGCCUACGUAAUGUGAAUCAGCCUUGACCUGAAGCAAGUGAGAGUGCCUUUCUAGACAACUGAUUUGUUAUUGCACAAUAAAUAUGCAGUUCUUGCCCAGCAGCAACAGGCAACUGAAACAUGUGUGCAUGUUUAUCUAUGAGUAACAAAUCACUCGUUCUUGAUCUUAGCUGGAUGCUUAAAUUGAAAAACGUUGUUUUUGAGAUGAUGGGAAAUGAUAUGAAUGCUUUGUUACGUACAGUUUGAUCUGUGACAACUAUUUGCAAGUCCUCCCUGAAUACUACAGUAAUCUGGUGAAAACUAUGGGCUGGUGAUUGUUGAAUGAUUUAACCUGUUACUGUCAAGUGAAAAAUCCUUUACCUUCAUGCUGAUGCUGCUCUGACUAUCCAAGUGAAAAUUCAUACAUGCAGCUGUAAGAGUAAAGCUACCUGAGAGAUGUGCUUUGUUUCUUCUGAUCCACCACGCAAUACAUCACUUUCUGCCUCAUUUCACAAGAAGUCCAUGCCAGUCUGGUUCUCAAAAAGCUUCUGCCGCAAUAAAUUUGUUAGACUCCAAGAUGCUACAAGAUUUUUUGUUGUUUUUACAUUUUCCGUGAAAGUUUGUUCUCUUCUGUCAGGCAAUUCUCAUUUAUAUCAUAUACUUGAUGUCUUCAACAGCUAAGGUAGUCAUAUAUAUUGAUCCCCAAAGGUUAUAUUUGAAGUAAAUUAACAUUUCGGUAAACUGGCUAUCUUGCACUGCAUGCCACAUCCAGCUUUUGUAAAUAAAACUCCAACCUAAUAUCUUGAUUCUAACUUUUAUACCUGAAGAGUAUUGUCACUGUGAUGGCACCAUAACAUCAUGGCAAAUGGGGCAGUACAUAUGCAUUUAGUUAACAGUACAGGAAAUCUUAGAAUUAGGUUGGUUGUAAACUAAUUGCAGGAAGGGGAAAUUACUGGAUAAACCUCUUCUGUUUGAUGCAUAAAAUUUAAUUUUCUAUACAAAUAAAUAAUUUGAAAGUC